AAAGCACAGUGCACAGGAAAUGAGCGAAAUAUCUCGAUUAAAAGCACAAAUAACAACCCGCUUUUCUCUCGGUGGGUUCCAGAUUCGAAGUGAAGCAAGUACAUUCCUUGCCCAACAGCUACAUCCGCUCGAUGAAACGGAACGCAAGAAAUGGAUUACGAAUGUGGCUAACCACGUUCAGGGCCAAUGUUUAAGUCUCCCGGUGGUUGAAAAGCAACACAUCGAACUGGCUAUUAAGGAAGCAAACAACACGGGAUUGGAUGAUUCAGAAACGAUAUUCCGCGUCAUCAGUGCUUUCGAUGUGCCUUCAUUCGUGUAUUGUGAAGAGAAGAAAAAGUUCCUGCUGGACACGAGCAAGAAAAGUUUAUUGGCGGUACCGGAUGCAAAGUCGAACUAUAUCCGCGAACGAUACUGGCUGCUGUGGCAAAAAACAUGUCGUCACGAAUCGUUUUCCCAGCGCAUGGCACCGGGUACGGAUGAAACGGGAAAGAAAAGCAGAUUGAUUCUGCGCAAAGUGGAGAAUAUUCUCUCAACGUCCAAGAUGAACGACGUCGUUCUGCUGGGAUUGUUAACACAGCUUAUGGAAGGUCACUAUUACCUGGAAGAUCCCACUGGCUCGGUUCCGAUUGAUAUUAGCCAGGCCAGCUUCUCCUCCGGCUUGGUUUGCGAGGGAAGCUUUCUGCUGGCCUACGGCAAAUAUCGGGACGGUAUUUUGAAAAUAGAUGAGAUUGGUUUUCCGUUUCCAGAACCGGCCGCCAAUAGUAGGGCCUUUUAUGGAUCCGUCAACAGUUGGGGAGGUCCUUCGAAAACGCUGCUAAAGUACUCACGGAAUUUGGGCGAAUUGGAGAAAGCUAAUCCUGAGCACAGUAUUGUAUUUUUAUCGGACUGUUGGUUAGAUAAUCCGCUGGUAAUGGAAAAGCUGAAUCAAUUGCUGCGAGGGUACGAUGAUUUUCCUCCAGUUGCAAUAGUUCUUAUGGGACCGUUUGCCAAGACGAACGAAAAUGUAUAUUCGCUGAAAAGUCUUUUUCAAAAGUUGGGUGACAUGUUGUCCGAGUGUGAGAAGCUCAAAACACAAACGGAUUUGGUUAUAGUGCCCUCGAUCGAUGAUCCUGCUGCGGCAAACAUCUUACCCCGGCCACCUAUACCAGAUGCAUUAACGAUGGAGCUAAAAAAGCGAUUUCCCCGAACUAUUCUAACGACUAAUCCUUGCCGUUUGCAAUACUGUACGCAACAAAUUGUAGUGUGUCGAGCCGAUUUAGUAACCAAAUUAUGUCGAAAUACGAUUCAUUUUCCCAAGGAAGGGCUGUUGGAAACGCAUUUUGCCCGGACGAUUAUAAAUCAAAGCACGCUAGCGCCGCUUACACCAAUUGCCUUUCCAACACAUUGGAGCUAUGAUGCGGCUCUUUCUCUUUACCCGCUGCCUGAUUUAAUCGUCAUCGGUGAUCCAUGCCAAGGAUUUCAUACCACCGAGCACGACUGUACGGUAAUGAACGUAGGAUCCUUUCCGAAAUCGAAAUUUGCAUUUAAAGUGUAUUACCCUUCUACUAAAAUUGUCGAAGAUUCGCAAAUACCUGAUGAAGAAUAAACAUAAGGGAAUCAUUUUGAACUGCUUCGU